AUGGAGAAAGAAGAAGAGGAAGGGAAGAAGAAGUCUCAUGUUGUGAGAAGAGGGUUGUGGAAACCUGAAGAAGACAUGAUAUUGAGAAGCUACAUCGAGACUCAUGGAGAAGGAAACUGGGCAGACAUCUCUCGUCGAUCCGGAUUGAAGAGAGGAGGGAAAAGCUGUAGGCUGAGAUGGAAGAACUAUCUAAGACCAAAUAUUAAAAGAGGAUCCAUGUCACCUCAAGAACAAGACCUCAUCAUCCGCAUGCACAAGCUUCUCGGAAACCGAUGGUCGUUGAUCGCGGGUCGUCUUCCAGGUCGCACUGAUAACGAAAUCAAGAACUACUGGAAUACUCAUUUGAACAAGAAACCCAUCACCAGGAAACAGAAUACACCUGAGUCAGUCGAUGCCUCCGCCGCCGAUAAGCCAGUAAUGUCUACAGAAGUGAGAAGAAGCCAUGGAGAAGGCAUCGACGACUACGGAGAAGAACACAAGGACAAUACCUGGAUGGAGGAGGAGACAAACCGCUUUGGCUACAUAGGAUCUCCACUGCCUCUCGUUUCUCACUACCCAGACACUCUUGUCUAUGACCCAUGUUUUGCCUUCACCGAUUUCUUUCCCCUGCUUUAA